UUGAUUUUGCUUUUAUUUUCAGUGGAAUAGGAAUGUAUUCCGUGGUAUAGCUUCAAUACAAACGUUUUGCGUGACCAAAAAGAUUUAAGGAAUUAAUAAAAAGGAUAAAUUAAUGUAAGAACAACUAGUUAGAGAUGAAAUUUUUAAAAACCUCAAGAUUAUUAAUAACUAUCAGCUUGGUGGGUACAUUGUGGCUCACAGCUCGUGUUGCAUUGUAUACGAGCAAGAGGAAAAGUUUUGAAGAUGUUGGUGCGACAACAACGAUAACAGCUAUCCAAACUCGUGUAACGCAACGCAAAGACCCCCCUGUGUUAGCAACUGGUACCUACUACGCUGAUCAUUUGCUGGACGAUCAAAGGGUUCCAUUAUUUCGCAUGGGACAAGUUAAACGAAAGCCAACAGUUGCUGUUGGGAUACCAAGUAUAACUCGUAACGGGGCGACUUAUCUAUUAGAAACACUCGGUUCAAUGCUGGAAAACUUGACGCCUGAACAGAGGAAUUUGUGUGUGUUUAUUAUAUACCUGGCUGAUCAGAAUAUUACGAACAAUUUUGAGGCGGCGACUAAGGAACUGUAUAGCCGGUACAAUGAUGAAUUUAAUGCUGGAAUCGUAGAAGUUAUUGGGCCACCGGAAUACCUUAUGCCCGACUGGGAAAGUCAUGUUGAAGCGAACUUGGGAGAUAAAAUAGACCGAGCAAGAUGGCGGUCAAAACAAAACUUAGACGAGCAGUUUUUGAUGUCUUAUAUUAUCCGCUACGUCGACCCAGUGUAUUACCUGAUGAUGGAAGAUGACGUGCUGGCGAGUAAAAACUACAUGACUACAAUUCUAGAGGUCGCUGCGUCGCGGAAUAUAAGCACGUGGUAUUAUGCUUCGUUCAGUGCGGUUGGUGGGGCGGCUAAACUUUUCCAUUACCAAUCUACACGGGAGUUUUCAGCGUUUAUCGGCCUUUUCUGGAACACGAAACCGCUAGAUUGGCUGUUCUGGGAUUACGCGAGGUCAAAGUACUGUGGUUAUGGUAAAGAAUGCAAAGUUGAAGAACGAAUAUUAAAGUCGAAGGUUGACUUGUUCAAACAUUUAGGAAAGGUUUCUUCAAAGACGAACUCUUUGUUUGGUAUUCAACCAAGCCCAUGAAGACACAAAAAGUUCAUGCUUAAUAUAGAUUGUAAGCGGGCACGUGGUGUGUCAAACAGAACACCCGUGUUAUAACCACUGUUCUUGCCCCGCCCUACGAGGAUUAAGUUUAGUUUCUCAAAUUCAAAUGCCGUUUACUUCAUUUUUAACCAUGUUCACUAUGUUAUAUACAGGUAUGUAGCUAUAUAACUAUAAUGUAGCCCGUAAACGGGUACGAGGUGUAAACUGUAGCCAAGCGGACCGGGAUAGUUGUAGUUAUAGUAUGGUGGGGGAAGAUGGGACACUUUUUCCUUUUAUUUUCUCGUCCCAUUUAUAGCAACCGAAUAACAUUCAAAGAAUUGUAAAACUGUAUCCUCAAGACUUCUACAGACCGUUGUUUAAAACACGAUCAGGAUAAUUACACUUAUGGUGUCCCGUCUUUUCCCACCCUGCUCUAUGGCUAAACUAAUCAUUAAAAACAUUAUUGUACGGCCACACUACAUUGUUCCAGAUAUUUAUGUGCCUUAAGAGAUAUUAGCCUUACCGACAUUCUAUGCACACCUAUCACCUUGUGUCUUAUGCGCUUUAUAUUCUAAUAUUCGUGGUAACUGCAAUUUGUCACUAUACGAGCACGAUAGUUUUAAGAUAUAACUGUAACUCCAAA